CUUAUAUGUCAUUUUUUGAAAAAUUCUCAUACUCUUUUAAACACAACCACAAGCUUCUUUUUAAACACUGCUAAAUUUUGAUUAUUCUCUCUUUUCCUCUGUUCUUCCCUUCCCUGUGUCUUCUUUGAUCUUCAACUACCGUUUUCUCAGAACUUUCUUUCUCUUUCAAUAUUUCGUUUAAAACCCAUCUUUUAUAUUAAAAAAACUUUUAAUCUUUUCCCUUUGAUACCCCAAAUAAAACCAAUUCUGCUUUUGUUCUGUUUCUUCUUUGUUGAUCAAUUUUUUGUUUCCCUGGCGGAUUCCUGUGGUGAAAUAUACAAACGAAAAAAAAAAGAUAUAAAGUUUCUGCUUUUUUUUUCUUUUCUCUUAGCUUUCAGUUUCAUUUAUUGGAUUUUUUUUUGUUUCUCUCUCUUCCAUGAUCUCAAAAAUUGCUUGCUUUUCGGUUGAUCCUGCAAAUAACCGCCUUUCGUUUUCUUUUUAACAAAGUUACAUCAAAAAAUGAACAACAGUUAAAAACCCAUAACAAAAACCCUUGCUUUUAUUUCUUUGGCUAUAACUCCCUCCCUUUUUCCCAGCAACCUUCUCAAGCCAGAAGCUUAAUCUCCCUUUUUUUUCCUUUCAAAGGUUUCAAAAUUUUCAUUAAAAAGCUAAACAAAAUCAUGGGAAACUCUUGGUUUGUAGGAAUAUUAUUACCAAUAUUCCUUUGUGUUUAUUUUUUUGGUGGUUUUGUUAAUGGUCUUGGUGUGAACUGGGGUACUAUGGCAACUCAUAAACUGCUUCCCGCAACAGUGAUUCAGAUGUUAAAAGACAAUGGGAUAAAGAAGGUGAAGCUUUUUGAUGCUGAUUCAGAUACUAUGAGUGCUCUUGCAGGAAGUGAUAUUGAAGUCAUGGUUGCUAUUCCUAAUGAUCAGCUUCUUGCUAUGAAUAGCUAUGAUCGUGCUAAAGAAUGGGUUAGGAGGAAUGUCACAAGAUACAACUUCAAUGGAGGUGUUAACAUCAAAUAUGUAGCUGUUGGGAAUGAGCCAUUCCUUACAACAUACAAUGGCUCAUUCAUAAACAUAACAUUCCCUGCACUUCAAAAUAUUCAAAAUGCACUUAAUGAUGCUGGGAUUGGAGACUCCAUAAAGGCUACUGUGCCCUUAAAUGCUGAUGUUUACAAUUCACCAGAGAGCAACCCUGUGCCAUCUGCUGGCCAGUUCAGGACUGAUAUUAGUGGACUUAUGACCCAAAUUGUUGAUUUUCUAAGCCAGAACAGUGCACCUUUCACCGUGAACAUCUACCCUUUCCUCAGUCUCUAUGGAAAUGACAACUUCCCCUUUAACUAUGCUUUCUUUGAUGGAGGAAACCCUGUUGUUGAUAAUGGGAUUCAGUACACUAAUGUUUUCGAUGCCAACUUUGACACAUUGGUUUCAGCUCUGAAAGUAGCAGGGCAUGGGGACAUGACCGUUAUUGUUGGGGAGGUGGGUUGGCCCACAGAUGGAGACAAGAAUGCUAAUGUGGCUAAUGCUCAAAGAUUUUAUAAUGGGCUCAUGCCUAGACUUGCAGCCAACAGAGGCACGCCCCUGCGGCCAGGAUAUAUAGAAGUUUACUUGUUUGGCCUUAUAGAUGAGGAUGCCAAGAGUAUUGCUCCAGGAAAUUUUGAGCGUCAUUGGGGAAUCUAUAGGUAUGAUGGGCAGCCUAAAUUCCCACUAGAUCUUUCCGGCCAGAAUCAAAAUACGUUUCUUAUCGCUGCUCAGAAUGUUGAAUAUCUUCCUCAGAAAUGGUGCAUGUUUAAUCCAAAUGCUAAGGACCUCAGCAAACUUGCUGACAACAUCAACUAUGCUUGCACCUUCUCAGAUUGCACAGCACUUGGAUACGGUUCUUCUUGUAACAACCUCGAUGCCAAUGGAAAUGCUUCGUACGCGUUUAACAUGUACUACCAGGUGCAAAAUCAGAAUGACAUGGCCUGUAAUUUUCAAGGUCUGGCCACGGUUACUACACAGAACGUUUCACAAGGGACUUGCAAUUUUAUCAUUCAGAUUGCUUCUCCUUCUUCUUCUCUAGGCCCCUCAUUGGUAGGAAUAGCAUUUUUUACAGCAUUGACAUCUCUAUUACUAUAAAUUUGAUUCUGUAGAUAACCCGGCUGUACUAUUUUUGCUGUUCAUUUUUCCUAGCUUCUUUUGCAUGUUACAGAUUCUUGGGUUAUUUAUUUUAUCGACUGAUUUAACAAAAAUCCUUUCGAGUUUAUUGGUUUCUGACUCUCUAACUAGAACACUAACUAGAUCAAUUUUAUCGAUGGAAAGGUAUUCAUGAAAAAUUUUUGAAGGUGUCGAGAGAUCUUCAAGCAUCGAUCCACCACCGGAUUUAUAUGACAAAGUUCUAGUUUCUUAUGAUUGAGCGUAUAUAUUACUAUGCUUGUGGUAAAUUAUACCAUUCUAGUCCUCAUGAAACCAAGAAAAUUUUAUGAAUCUGUUGGAUUCAUCCAGUUUUCUUGCAGACAGGUUGGUGAAUCAAAAUUUUGACUAGAGUCUUUCUUUCAUGGUAGCAGCCAGCCAAGAACAAAGGUUUACAUACACUACAACUACAUGAAAAAUCCCAUUACUAGUCCAAUUCCAAAUUGGGCUCUAGUUGGGUUCUAAGUUCAUUAUACCAUGCAAAACCAUUUCCUUUCAUA